AUGUCUCGUCCCGAAGAGCUUGCACCACCGGAGAUCUUUUAUAAUGAUUCGGAAUCAAAGAAAUAUACUGCAUCUACCAGAGUGCAGCAUAUUCAGGCUAAAAUGACCUUACGUUCUUUGGAGCUUUUAAAUAUUGAGCCUAACUCUUUCAUAUUAGAUAUCGGUUGUGGUUCUGGUUUAAGUGGUGAAAUUUUAACUGAGGAAGGGCAUGUGUGGUGCGGUCUAGAUAUAUCUCCAAGCAUGUUGGCUACCGGUUUAACUAGAGAGCUGGAAGGAGACCUGAUGUUGCAGGAUAUGGGUCAAGGUAUACCAUUCAGACCUGGUACAUUUGAUGCAGCUAUAAGUAUCAGUGCGAUCCAAUGGCUAUGUAAUGCUGACACUUCAUACAAUGACCCGAAGAGAAGAUUAAUGAGAUUUUUCAACGGUUUAUUUGCAGCAUUGAAGAAAGGUGGUAAGUUUGUUGCACAAUUCUAUCCAAAGAACGAUGACCAAGUUGAUCAGAUAUUGCAGGCUGCUAAGGUCGCUGGUUUCAGCGGUGGUUUAGUAAUUGACGAUCCAGAAUCGAAGAAGAAUAAGAAGUACUAUCUUGUGUUGAGUUCUGGUUCUCCAAGUAACGAAGAAAAGCAAGUUAACCUGGAAGGUGUUACCAUGGAUGCUACUGAUGUAGACUCAAAAGAACCAAGACAUAAACAGUCGAAGACAUUACUAGGUGAAUCGAAGAAGAAUUUCAUUAUGAGAAAGAAGGAACUUAUGAGAAGGCGUGGUAGACAGGUUGCUCAUGACUCCAAGUUUACCGGUAGAAAGAGAAGAACGAAGUUUUGA